AUGGCUGCACUUCCAAACAUUAUUAGCCAAGUGGCAGCCGGCCUGAAUAAUAAUCAAAACAACAAUCAAGGAUCAGGAAAUAGAGAAUGUACGUACAAAUCCUUUAGGAGUUGUAAUUCGAAGGAAUUUCACGGUACUGAGGGAGCCGUGGGAUUACUGACUUGGUUAGAGAGCAUGGAGUCUAUGCUCCAUAUUAGCGAAUGUACCGAAGGGAAGAAAGUAGAGUUUGCUGCAUGUCUAUUACAAGGACGAGCAUUAACUUGGUGGAAUACCCAAGUACAAACUCGGGGCCGAGAAGCCGCCAACGGUCUUACGUGGGAAGAUUUUAAGAGAAUGAUGAAAGAAGAUUAUUGUCCAAGGAGCGAGAUCAAGAAACUGGAAGCAGAAUUAUGGAAUCAUGAAAUGAGAGGAAAUGAUAUAGACUUUUAUACUGCACGUUUUCAUGAAUUGGCAAAAAUGGUACCGCAUCUAGUGACGCCUAAAGAAAAUCGACUUGAUAGAUAUAUUUGGGGAUUAUCUCCGGUGAUACGCGGGGAUAUUACUUCGGCAAACCCAAAAACCCUACAAGAGGCAGUAAGUUCGGCAACCAAACUCACCAACAAUGCUACUCGUUUGGGAAUGUUUGUAAAAGAUAAGGCUUCAGGGAAGAGAAAGAUGGAGAAACCUACACGAAGGCAGUCUGGGGGAAGAAUGGGAAAGGCUCUGAAAAUAUCAGGAAACUACGGGAUUCAGACUCAAUCAGCAGAGAUGGAGAAAAUAACUUAUCAAAGGUGUGAGAAGUGCAAUAAGCAGCAUGCCGGAUGA